AGAUUUCAUAAUUUGAACUAAAAACGAAAGUCUAAAUUGGACAAUAAUUACGGCAGAGAGGGAGUAUCAUGUUUAUUUAACUUCUAAAAUAUUUUAUGAUAGGUUAUUAUAACUGGAGGACGGACGGUGAAAGUGAAAGUAGCUGACUUCAGGGAGCGAUAUGUUUGUUAAUGAUAGUUCUGGUAGUACGCUGAUAUAACACAACAAAGAAUGUUUUGGCAGGCUUGCGGCGGUAGUCCCGAUUAGGCCGAUUUAAGAAGUCAGUCAAAGAAACAAGCCCAACCCAAUAAGGCUUAGUCCAAAAGCCAAAAGUCCGCGAUCUUCUAGGGCUUUAAAACUGACUCCCUUUCCAGUUUCCACUAUAAAAACCUACAAAACCCUAACAAACGUUUUAUCGCCAUCUCGCCCUAAACAGCACACCCAGCACUCAGAGUCAGACACGGAGGGAGAGAAGAGAGAUUCUGCGGCGGAAAUGGUGAACUACAAAUUUCACCAGUAUCAAGUUGUGGGGAGAGCUCUGCCCUCAGAAUCGGAUGAGCACCCUAAGAUCUACCGGAUGAAGCUUUGGGCCACUAACGAAGUGCGCGCAAAGUCGAAAUUCUGGUGUGUAAUCGGAUUCUCUUUCUAAUACGUUCAUUUUUUCUUGUCUGGGGCUGGGGGAAUGCAAUGAUCUGUAAUUUAGGAGUAUGAAACUUGUGCCUUUUGUUGUUGGAAAUGUAUGUGGGUUUAUGGCUUUAUUCGUUCGAUGCUUUUAUUUGAGGGUGAGAGGACAUGGAUUAUUUUACCUCGUUUGGCUAAGAAACUUUACUCGUUUGUACUGUCUAUUUGUUAGUUCUCUUUUUUUUUUUUGGGGGCGCGGGUGUUGGAGAUGGGUUAAAUAUGUGCGCUAGUUUUCAGAUUUUCUUUGUUUCCUUUCUUUCUUCUAAGGUAGGUGUGAUCUAGUUUUGCAUGGCUUUAUGAUGUUAUUAUUCGUGCUGGUGUGGUUAGAAUGAUAUGCUUGUUAGUUUAGCUAAGCAGAAGUUUUUCUGUCAUUUCCGUGGAUGAAAUGGUUUUCUUGUUCGUGCUGGUUGGUACUGUUCCUAAUUAUUGUCUAUUUUAGGUAUUUCUUACGAAAGCUGAAGAAAGUGAAGAAAAGCAAUGGUCAGGUUCUUGCUAUCAAUGAGAUAUUUGAGAAGAACCCUACGACCAUCAAGAACUAUGGUAUUUGGUUGAGGUACCAGAGCAGAACCGGUUACCAUAACAUGUACAAGGAGUACAGGGACACAACUUUGAAUGGUGCAGUGGAGCAGAUGUAUACUGAAAUGGCGUCUCGCCACAGGGUUCGCCACCACUGCAUUCAGAUCAUUAAGACUGCUACUGUCCCUGCCAAGCUGUGCAAGAGGGAGAGCACAAAGCAAUUUCACAACUCCAAGAUCAAGUUCCCCUUGGUGUUCAAGAAGGUCAGGCCACCUACCAGGAAGCUGAAGACAACCUACAAGGCAACCAGGCCAAACUUGUUCAUUUUUUUAGCUCUUCUACCUUCCGCGGCAUGCUCAUCCGUCUUCGUGUUGAAGCCAGCCAGAAAUCAUAUUGUCAUAAAACAUAAUCAAGGGGAUGAUCAGAAGGCAAAUCAUAUUGCUGUUCAUGGAAUCCUGUUAUGGGCUUCAAUGGGUUUUCUUAUGCCUGUUGGAAUACUGUUAAUCAGACUGUCAACUAAACAUGAAUCACAAAGGACAAGACUUAAAGUAUUCUUUUAUCUCCAUGCAGUUGUACAGGUAUGUGCAGUGCUGCUUGCAACAGCUGGAGCAGUACUGUCCAUCAGAAACUUUGAGAAUGCCUUCAAUAAUUGUCACCAAAGAGUUGGAUUAGCACUCUAUGGAGCAAUGUAUUUGCAAGUCUUAACUGCAUUUCGGAGGCCAAGAAGGGGAAGUAAAGCCAGAUGCAUUUGGUACAUAUUCCAUUGGAUUCUGGGAACAGCAAUAUCCUUUGUCGGAAUUUUCAAUACUUACACCGGAUUAAAAGCAUACCACAUCAAAACAUCAAGGAAUGCAACCCUUUGGACUAUACUUUUCACAGCUCAGGUGGGUUUGAUGGCAUUCUUUUACCUCAUUCAGGACAAAUGGGAUUACAUACAAAAGCAAGGAGUUGUGCAAACCGGGAAUGAACCGAAUAAUGUAACCCUUUCGCCAUUGUCGUCAGUUCAAGUAAAUACCCAAACGGAGGAUAAUAAGAAUAAGGCCGACGGCGCGAGGACGGGCCCGGGAGAAACUUCAUGGAUUGGACCAGACGGCAAGAAGUACCAUAGCCAUGACGGAUUGGCACCUCAUUCUCACGAGCCAAUUUACUCACCUGGCUAUUUUAGCCGGAGGGCUCGCCCGUUGACUAACCGAGAUUUCUCUGAAAGGGCUUUCACCAUUGGUAUUGGUGGUCCUGUUGGUACCGGGAAAACGGCACUAAUGUUGGCCUUAUGCAAAUUCUUGAGGGACAAGUACAGUCUUGCCGCUGUAACAAAUGACAUAUUCACGAAAGAAGAUGGUGAGUUUCUCAUAAAGCAUGGAGCACUUCCUGAAGAGAGGAUUCGUGCUGUAGAAACUGGCGGCUGCCCGCAUGCAGCCAUCAGGGAGGAUAUUAGCAUCAAUCUUGGUCCUCUUGAGGAGCUGUCUAACUUAUUCAAAGCAGACAUACUUCUUUGUGAAUCUGGUGGAGACAAUCUAGCUGCCAACUUCAGUCGAGAACUGGCUGAUUACAUAAUCUACAUAAUUGAUGUGUCGGCUGGCGAUAAAAUUCCACGGAAAGGAGGCCCAGGCAUUACCCAAGCUGACCUCCUUGUGAUUAAUAAAACUGACCUAGCAGAAGCAGUUGGCGCUGAUUUGUCUGUCAUGGAACGUGAUGCAUUGCGAAUGCGGGAUGGUGGUCCAUUUGUCUUUGCUCAGGUCAAGCAUGGUGUUGGAGUAGAGGAGAUAGUGAACAACAUCCUGCCAUCUUGGGAAGCAGCAACCGGGAAGAAGCGCCACUGA